AUGUCGGAAGAUAUUGAAGUAACGCAUGAGGAUCAACAAAGGAUAAACAGCUUUGCAACGUGGAACUUAAAACUUAAAGAUUAUACAUCCGAUUACGACCAAAAAAAAAAAGAGCUGGCAAAUCUGAAUGAUGCUGAGGAUGAGUUAGUUGUCGUCCAGGAGAGCUUACACCCAUAUCUUAUUGGGGAAACAUUUUUCCACUUGUCAAAUGAUGAAGUUGGAGAAGAGCUCUCAGCAGCCAAAGAAAAAGUAAAAUUGCGAAUGGUAGACCUCGAAGAACGAAUCAGCGACUGCAAAGUUCACAUGAACAAUUUAAAGAAAGAUCUUUAUGGCAAAUUCGGAAAUCAUAUUAAUCUCGAAGAGGACUAG